AACAUGUCCUCUGGUUGAAGAAAAAGCUAGCAAGGAAGCAAACUGUUUAAUGUUACUCACGAAGUUAAAAGGCAGAAAUGUCGCUACAGUCCAGCACUCAGACCGUUCAGUGUUACAGCCACAGUUGCUGCUGAAGUAGAAAUUUAGAAGAAAUUGUGUUUCUUACAAAGGAAUGAGCGAUACUUAUCAAGGAAGUCGCUCAGCUGGCUAGCGAAAAAGUAGCUAGCUAGGCUGCUAGCUUUCGUUAGCAAGGGAGUUCUUUGUUUUGUUUUUCAGGUGGACGUCCGUGUUAACCUUAUACAGUCUGUGGUGUAAACAUGAAGAGUAACUAGUGUGAACAUUUGCUUUAACAUUUAACGUUUAUGUAGGAGUUUUAUAAUCAUGUACAUUGUAUAUUUUGUACUAGUAGGUACUUGAACUGGUUUCUGGGAUAUUUAGACAAAAUUAGCCACCGAGAGCAACUUUAGCAGCAAAGGUCUGAUUUUUAACGUCGGCCAGGACUAGAGACACGAAGAUAUGGGCAACUGUCUCAAGUCUCCGACAUCAGACGACAUUUCUCUGCUUCAUGAAUCCCAGUCAGACAGGGCGAGUUUCGGUGACGGGACAGAUGCAGACCUGGAGCCACCUCCGCCGUACCAGGUGAGAGACAGCAAACGCUCAACUUCCAAGGAGCAGGCUCACAUGCCCAUGUACCAUCCCACGCCUAGUCAGGCCCGUCUGGCUACCCAGCUGACAGAGGAGGAGCAGGUCCGCAUUGCUCAGCGCAUCGGCCUCAUCCAGCACCUCCCUAAGGGUGUUUAUGAUGGAGGGCAAGACGGCUCAGAGAAAAAGAUCAGAGAAUGUGUGAUCUGUAUGCUGGACUUUGUAUAUGGGGAUCCCAUCCGGUUCCUGCCCUGUAUGCACAUCUACCACAUGGACUGUAUAGACGACUGGCUGAUGAGAUCCUUCACCUGCCCUUCCUGCAUGGAGCCUGUGGAUGCUGCCCUUCUCUCCACCUAUGAGACCAACUAAUUCUAAUCCCUCCUCCACCAAACUUAGACCAAUCAUGGCCCCUCCAGACCCAAACACACACAUACCCAACAACUGCCCUCUUAUAGAGUGGGAGGAGCUACAAUUUGAGCUAAAUGUGUUUGCUGUUUUCUUGCACUUUGAAAAAUUCAGAUUUAUUCACCUAACGUUGGCCUUCCAUGCCCCCAGGUCUAAAUAAGCUGGUCUUAAACUUAAUUUACAGAAAUUGGUAAAGUGUUUCCAGGUGACCCUUCACAAUUUUUUGUGUGUGUUCGUCAUGCUGAGUGAGCAUGUGGGAUGUGUGUGAGCUGUUUGGGCUCCUCGAUGACUGUGCAUUUCCACUUGAGCCGGUCUCAGUGGUGUUUCUCCCUAACUGACACCAGCUCAUCUACAUUUCUAGUUGGUCGUCAUUAAAACGGAUAAUUGGGUUAAGAGUAUUGACCAAAAUGCUGCAAGGUGUUGUUAGAGAAUGGAUUUAAUUUUAGGUUUUCUAUGGCGACAGUAGGCAAAGACUUCCUCAAAAUGGCCCUACACUUUGGAGAUACGGAAAUUCACAACUAUAGUUUACUGUUGGCAUUGGAUAAUAAGAUAUUUCUGCCCAGCUAGCCAGGAUUACAAAAGAAAAUAUACACAUACGUAACAGAAAUCACCCAAAGUUUACAACUACAAAGAAGAUCAAGGCUACAUGAUAUUUGGCCGCUCCAGAUGGCGAGACAGAAAAUGCUUUGAGUUAAAGGGAAAACUAUGUUGUAUAACUUGAAUGUUUCAUCAGACGGUGUGUAAAGUAGCUGGCAGCCAAUGUAAAGGGCUCAUUUGUGCAUGGGCAGGUGGAUCAGUCAGUCAAAAAUUAGAAAUGCUUGCACACACUUUUCAGCUGAUCCAGAGAUUUGCACUUUACUUAUAGGACAGUAUCUAAACAAUAUAUUAAUAUAUGUACCUUAAUAACCUUGCACUAUCAAUACUUCAUUCCUUUUAUUUCCUGAGAUGCAAAAGUUAUAUCGCUGAUAUUUUCAGAGCUGUCAGUAGUCACUCAUCACGUUAAAGUAAGCCUGACAAUGUAUUUCGUGAAACAUGUGAUUCAGUAGUGAGUCUCUGCUUCUUUCUGCUUGAUAUUUGAUUUUUGUGUGGAAGUGAAGGGACAGAGGCUUGCUCCAGUUUAAAGGAGAAGUUCAACAUUUUGGGAAAUGCAGUUUAUCUGCUUACCUGUCAAGAGUUAAAUGACAAGAUUGAUAAUCAUCCUGAUUCUUUGAGAUGAGUAAGAAGCUGCAACCAGGAGGCGAUUAGCUUAGCGUAAAUCAGGGGGAAACAGAUAGAAUAGCUUCUAAGCUCAAAAAUUGCCUAGCACGAACUCGAGUAAUUUGCGGUUUUACAGGGCGUUAUGUGCUGUUUGACAACAAAUUGUGUCAGCCAUUUAUGUACUUAAAUUAAACAAAUGAGAUAUAAUGUGCUAAGUAAUGAACUGUACAUGUGCUUGUAGGCCAGUUUUUGAACUUUGGACAGAGCCAGGCUAGUCAUUUCCCCCUGCUUCCUGUCGUUAAGUUACGCAAAUUUCCUCCCUCGUCUAGCUUCAUACUAUUGCAUGAGAGCGGUAUCAAUUUUCUCAACUUUGUCAAGAAAGUGAAGAAACAUUUUUCCCCAAAAUGUCAAACUGUUCUUUUAAAGCUAGAGUGGAGGACCUUCAAGCCCUUACCAAAUUACCAAGCCAGGUAAAUCUCUCCGUAUUUCGCAGUAUACUGGAGUAUUUAAAUUUGGUGUGUGUGGCAACAUUCCAGCGCUGGCGAAUCGGUAGAGAUGUGUUGUAUGCCAAUCAACAAUGAUUGGUUUGCCAGAGCUGAAGGGCGGAGCAACCAUAGUAACAACAGCAACUCAGUAGGACAGAGCUUAUAGGUCAUAAGCUCAUGUCAACAGUGAUGCGUAAUUACUGUCACUGUCAGAAGGGGGAGACAAAGUUGCACGCUGCACGUUUAAGAAACAAAUUGGGGGCUAUGUUCGAGGUGAACUUGAAACAGUUUAAUUUUAAAUCCAAAUUAGUACAAAGUCACUUUCUUUAUUACACGUCUCAUCUUUUGUUUUAUUGUUUUGUGCUGCUUUACUUCCAUUCACUGUAGGAUUAGUUACAAUCAUUGGUUUCCUUUUGAUUUGUGGUGUGUUUGGUGAUAGCGUGGCUGUCUAUUUUCCUGUUACCUGUGUUUUAUCUUCUACCUUCACAUUAUAUGUUACAUUUGUGUAAAAAUCCACUGUGUUCUUAGGACAGUAAAUAGAUGACCCGACUGUACAAACCUCUGUUCCAAUGAAUUUCAGAUUGAGAGAGACUUCUUUUUAUGGUGUGCUAGUUACAACUGAGAUAUCAAGUUUUCCAUCGUGCUUUUCCUUUGCUGUGUUUUUCAGCUUAUGUUUAUUCUGAAAAUUAAUAUUUCCUGUAAUCUUGUUUUCUUUUUUUUUUCUUUGGAAGGCUAAAAAGCUAUCAUGUUAAAAAAAUAAAUAAAGAAGACAAAAUAUAUGUAUUUUUUAAAAAUUGUUUAUUAGCAACAGGCAGUCACUCCACUCCAUCUUAUAAAAGCUGUUGGCAUCAGUCAGACAAAGUGGACUAAAUGCACGCCAAAGGGCAGAUUUGUGGCCCUAUGAUUACCAAAAUAAGAGAUUACAGAAUACACGAUUGCAAAAUAUUCCUUUGAGCCUUUUAUGAAUGCAAUCCUAAGCUCUGGCAACGGAGUGGAAAACGUGACUACAUAAUCAGGGUUCUCCAUUCAACUGAUGAUGUAGCAAGCGAGCCAAAUUGAUAAUGUUUGAUGCUUUGUUCCCUGUGCUUGCGUCAGCCGGGGAACAUGUGAGUGAAAUAGACUGUUGAGUGUUUAAUAUGAGAUGCACAAACGGAGUGGGUUUGUAAUUACAAAAACAGGUAAAAUGUGUGGACAGGUUCAGACCAAGAUCCAUUCAAACCAAGUGGAUGCCUUGUUUAUGUACAUGAAUCUUGCGUCUAAUGCAAUGUGGUUCAUAUCACACUGAUUACAAGGGCCAUAAUUGGACACACAAUUGGUUGCAACAUACCCUUUCUUCAGAUUAAGCAGUGACACAGUUAAUCAGCUUUGCAGUUCUGCAAGAUUUGAGAUCAGAUUCAGUUCACUUUAAGCAACACAAUAAGGACAGAGAUGGAAAGGUCACUUGUUCAAAUGCAACUGUAAAAUGAUUUUGUGUGACAAUAUAAUCAAUCUCUACAAGUACCUCAGGAAUUUAGGCUGAAGGAUUAUUGGUACUAGUUGUUUUUGCUGAAUUGAUGUAAUGAUAGACCAAGAGAAAUAUGUGCUAGUUUUAAGAAUCACCAAGCAUAAAUGUACAUCUAAGCUAUUUUAAUCCCUAUAAACAUCUCUGGAGAUUGGA